AUGCAGGGAUCACCUAAAUGCCCUCACCCCACAGGAUCCAGCUGUAUAAAGGGAUCACUUACAUGCCCUCACCCCUCAGGAUCCAGCUCUAUACAGGGAUCACCUACAUGCCCUCACCCCACAGGAUCCAGCUCUAUAAAGGGAUCACUUACAUGCCCUCACCCCACAGGAUCCAGCUCUAUACAGGGAUCACCUACAUGCCCUCACCCCACAGGAUCCAGCUGUAUAAAGGGAUCACUUAAAUGCCCUAGCCCCACAGGAUCCAGCUCUAUGCGGGGAUCACCUACAUGCCCUCAUCCCACAGGAUCCAGCUCUAUAAAGGGAUCACUUACAUGCCCUCACCCCACAGGAUCCAGCUCUAUACAGAUUUCACCUACAUGCCCUCACCCCACAGGAUCCAGCUCUAUAAAGGGUUCACUUACAUGCCCUCACCCCACAGGAUCCAGCGCUAUGCAGGGAUCACUUACAUGCCCUCACCCCACAGGAUCCAGCACUAUAAAGGGCUCUCUUACAUUCCCUCACCCCACAGGAUCCAGCUCUAUACAGGGAUAA